UCUACUGCUUGAAUAAUCCGCUAACAUCUAUCGAAAAUUAUUUCUAAUUUUUGCAAUCCUUGUGAGAAAUUUUCAGGUUUCGAGUUCUUCUUUCAAAUAAGGAAUUGUAACAGUUCAGCUAGCGCAAAUCGUCGUUUGUCAGGUCAAAUCAGUGCGUGAGGCAAAAUUACAGGAAACGAAAACCACCAAAAUCAAUUCAUUGUCAAAAAAAUAUGGACAAAACACUGCCCAAGUGAGGUGUUUCUCGAAUUAAUUCAUCUCGCAUCCGUUGAGCGAAACCAAAACCGGGAAGUAAAAAAGAACGAACAAGUUGCAAAUUUAAAAACAUCUACAUUUUUGUUCACCGUAGUCGUCGUCGUCGUCGUCGCCGUCGUCAUCGUCGUCCCUUUUCUGGACUUGACUGCUCUGGAGGCAAAAAGUGGUCGAACCGGACCCCAAAAGUAUUCCAUUCCAUAAUAAAAGAUUGCGCGAAAGAUUGCAGUGAAAAUAUCGGAAGGAGAAGUGGUCCGUGGGGCCCUGCUGGCGAAGAAUUUGCAGCGAAAUUAAGGGAAACGGACGCCGGAUCCAGCAAAAAGGCACACAUAAAACGAGCGAAUCUUACGAAGCUCUCGAUUUGUUUUUUUCCCUCUUCAACUGGCCAACAAAAGACCACAUCGGAAGGACAAGAAAACCACGACAGUCCCGGGAAGAAAAUUAUAUAAUGGACAAAUUUUUUGCAGCUGUAUCAUUAUUUCGUCGUCGAAAAUAUGAUGAGUGUAUCGAGGUGUGCAACGAGUUGCUGCAGAAUAAUGCCCUUCAUCAAGGUCCUUGGGAGCUGAAGAUGCGAUCUAUGACCCAGCGAGUGUACAUCGAUGACAUCGAGGCAGACGACGAUGUGGCAGAGGAUAUUUUGGACACGCAGACCAUCGCAACAGCUCCACGACCGGGCACCUCGAUCCGGACAGCGGCCGUGACUUCUGCAACGACGGUUUCGGGAAAGGCAACGGCAGCUGGUUCUCGGCCCCGAACUGGUACUGGGAGACCAAUUACCGGCAUUUCUCGCCCGGGAACGCUUUCGCUGCAACGACCUGGAUCCACUCUUGGCAACAAAUCUGCAUUGAAAACCGCAAGAACCGCAGGAUCUGCCAGAAAUAUACGACUGGGAUCAGCUUCGAUGUUUGCCGUUGGCGAUCCAACGGGGCCACUGUUUCACAUCUCCCGGUUGCAUCCGGAUAAAUACGCCGAGAAGGACUCUAUUUCGAAGCCACUGUUCCAGUAUCUGUACUACCACGAGGGGGAGAUCCGGAAGGCGAUGGCACUUUGCGAUGCGGUUCUGAACAAUAAGCGAUCCGCUGCCGGCUGGUGGUGGAAUACUCAGAAAGCCCGCUGUCUGAUUACCACUGGAAGUCCCCGGGAAGCGGAGCAGUAUCUUAGAACGGCCCUGGCUGAACUGUACCAUCCAGAUACGGUGUUACUUCUCGCCCGAAUCUACAUCAAAAUUGACCAACCAACGGCCGCAUUAGAAAUAUGCAAAAGUUCUCUCGAAAAGCUGCCCAAUGAUAUCACUAUCCUGACCCAGCAAGCCCGAGUUUUAGAGCUGGUUGGAAACCUUUCAGCCUCGGUGCGUCGCUACCGGCAAAUUUCCCAGUUGGAUGCCAUGAAUACUGAAGCUCUGGCCUGCAUAGCCGUUAGCUAUUUUUACGGAAACCAGCCGGAAACAGCGUUACUUUACUACCGAAGAAUUCUGUCUAUGGGAGCACACAGUGCCGAACUGUACUGUAACAUCGGUAUCUGCUGUUUGUAUGGCGGACAGUUGGAUCUGGUGUUUCCCUGCUUUCAACGCGCCAUUCGGAUGGCAACAAGAUCGGAUCUGAAAGCCGACGUAUGGUACAAUUUGAGUUUUGUCGCACUGACUACCGGGGAUGUACAUCUGGCCCGUCGUUGCCUCCGGCUCUGCAUUGCCACCAAUGCGUCUCACGGACCCGCACUGAACAACAUGGCCGUGAUGGUAGCCCGCCAGAAGCAAUAUACCAAAGCCAAAUCCUAUCUGAUGUCGGCGAAAGCCGCCUUGCCAAACUGCGACGAAAUUUUGAAUAACUUAGAAUAUAUAGAAAAUUUUGAAUAAAAUCAUGGCAAAAUCGA